UCAACUCAUCUCGAAAGUGCGGCAUUUCCGUGAAUGCUUAUGUAAUGCUGUAGCCACCCAACAGCCGCUCUAGCGCCGUUAUCUAUUCCGAACAGCCGAGCUAGUGCAACCAGAAGUUGCCAGCCGGUGACCGCAUCCUGAUUCUCUUAAUAGUCUCUUUGCCUCUUCCAGUCUUUUUCCCUCGACAACAACUCUUCUUGCAGAGCCAUCUGCCUCGCCCUCCUGUCGCUAUUCUUCAGCGACUUCAAUGUCACCCAUCGUUUUGUACUAACCUGUCAGUCCCUCAGGUACAACAUGUUGCGCGGCAGCCUUCGGAAAUGCGCUGGCCAGCUCGGCAGCUGCUCCUCGAAAGCAAGCCUCUCCUCCAUUGCCGCCUCGCCUUCGAGGACGGCUCUCGUCAGUGGCCGGAAAGCUCUUGCUGUAGCAUCACAACGCCGGAGUUAUGCUCUGACUGCGGAGGACACCAAUAAGGGGGUGGACCCCAACGACUCCUUCCUGCAAGGAAACACUGCCAACUAUGUCGACGAGAUGUAUUUGCAGUGGAAACGCGACCCUACAUCCGUACACUACUCAUGGCAGGUCUAUUUCCGGAAUAUGGAAUCCGGAGACAUGCCCGUCUCGCAGGCGUUCCAACCUCCUCCGACAAUCGUUCCCGCGCCUCACGGAGGCCUCGGGCCAGAUCUCAAGCCUGGACUUGGAAUGAGCGCAGGCGUAGGAUCCGAUGUCCUGAACCAUCUCAAAGUUCAGCUCUUGGUUCGCGCAUACCAGGCACGAGGCCACCACAAGGCGAGGAUCGACCCGCUCGGAAUCAGGAGUGAGGCCGAACAGUUCGGCUAUAGCAGGCCAAAGGAGCUGGAAUUGUCACACUAUAAUUUCACUGAGAAAGACCUUGAUCAAGAAUUCAACCUUGGGCCUGGUAUUCUCCCACGAUUCAAGACGGAGACCCGCGACAAGAUGACUCUCAGGGAAAUCAUUGCCGCCUGUGAGCGCCUAUACUGCGGUUCGUAUGGCAUUGAAUACAUCCACAUUCCGGACAGAGAACAGUGCGACUGGUUGAGGGAACGAAUUGAGAUCCCUCAACCGUACAAGUACUCGGUGGACGAGAAACGCCGCAUUCUGGACCGUCUCAUCUGGGGCACCAAUUUCGAGGCGUUCCUGGCUACCAAGUAUCCCAAUGACAAGCGUUUCGGUCUUGAAGGUGGCGAAUCUCUGAUUCCAGGUAUGAAGGCCUUGAUCGAUCGCAGCGUCGACUAUGGUGUCAAGGAUAUUGUUAUUGGCAUGCCCCACCGCGGUCGUCUCAAUGUGCUCAGCAACGUCGUCAGAAAGCCGAAUGAGUCCAUCUUCAGCGAAUUCGCCGGUUCAGCCGAUCCUUCGGAUGAAGGUUCUGGCGACGUCAAAUACCAUCUGGGAAUGAACUUCGAACGUCCUACUCCCUCCGGCAAGCGUGUUCAACUCUCUUUGGUCGCCAAUCCUUCCCAUCUCGAGGCUGAAGAUCCCGUUGUUCUGGGAAAGACUCGAGCAAUCCUCCACUACAACAAUGACGAGAAGGAAGCCCGCACCGCCAUGGGUGUGCUGCUGCACGGUGACGCUGCCUUUGCUGGCCAGGGUGUUGUAUACGAGACUGUGGGCUUUCAUUCACUGCCCAGCUACCACACCGGAGGAACGAUACAUCUCAUCGUGAACAACCAGAUUGGCUUUACUACCGACCCUCGGUUUGCUCGAUCAACCCCUUACUGCUCCGAUAUCGCCAAGGCUAUCGAUGCGCCAGUCUUCCACGUCAAUGGUGAUGAUGUAGAGGCUUUCAACUUUGUUUGCCAGCUUGCUGCUGAUUACAGGGCGGAGUUCAAGAAGGAUGUUGUCAUUGAUAUGGUGUGCUACCGUAAGCAGGGGCACAAUGAGACCGACCAGCCCUUCUUCACUCAACCAUUGAUGUACAAGCGCAUUGCCGAGCACCCCAGCACUCUAGACAUCUACAUCAAGAAGCUUCUGGAAGAGAAGACGUUUACGAAGGAGGAUAUAGAGGAGCACAAGGCUUGGGUUUGGGGUAUGCUUGAGGAGAGCUUCAACCGCAGCAAGGACUACCAGCCGACCGCCAAAGAGUGGCUGACGUCCGCCUGGAAUGGCUUCAAGUCACCAAAGGAACUCGCCACCGAAGUGUUGCCUCACUUGCCCACUGCCGUUGAGGAGUCAACUCUCAAGCACAUUGCUGAGAAGAUUGGCAAUCCGCCCGAGGGAUUCAAUGUUCACAGGAACCUGAAACGUAUUCUUGCUGGCCGCACUAAGACGGUAAUGGAAGGCAAGAACAUCGAUAUGGCCACCGCUGAGGCACUUGCGUUUGGGUCCCUGUGCUUGGAGAAGCACCACGUGCGUGUUUCUGGACAAGAUGUGGAACGUGGUACUUUCUCGCAGCGCCAUGCCGUUCUCCACGAUCAAGAGAAUGAGUCUACCUACACGCCUCUGCAGCACCUGAGUGAGGACCAGGCCACCUUUACCAUCUCUAACUCAUCCCUUAGCGAGUUCGGAGUUCUCGGCUUCGAAUACGGCUACUCCCUGUCCUCUCCGAAUGCUCUGGUAAUGUGGGAAGCCCAGUUUGGUGAUUUUGCGAACAAUGCCCAGUGUAUCAUCGACCAGUUCAUCGCGUCGGGUGAGACGAAGUGGCUCCAGCGAAGCGGGCUUGUCAUGAGCUUGCCGCACGGUUACGAUGGACAGGGCCCUGAACAUUCGUCUGGUCGCAUGGAGCGUUACCUGCAGCUUUGCAACGAAGACCCCCGCGUGUUCCCCUCGCCCGACAAGCUUGACCGUCAGCAUCAGGACUGCAACAUGCAGGUAGCUUACUGCACAAAGCCGUCCAACUACUUCCAUCUUCUCCGCCGCCAAAUGAACCGCCAGUUCCGCAAGCCUUUAAUCCUCUUCUUUUCCAAGUCUCUUCUACGACACCCUCUCGCCCGCUCUAACAUCGAGGAGUUCACUGGCGAGUCUCACUUCCAGUGGAUCAUUCCGGACCCGGCGCACGAGACUGGUGAUAUCGCCUCUCACGACGAGAUCAAGCGUGUCAUUCUCUGCACCGGACAGGUCUACGCAGCCCUCGUCAAGGAGCGCCAGGCCCGCAACCUUAAGGAUGUGGCAAUCACCCGUAUCGAGCAACUUCACCCCUUCCCUUGGCAGCUGCUAAAGGAGAACCUCGACUCGUACCCUAAUGCGCAGAAUAUCAUCUGGUGCCAGGAGGAGCCGUUGAACGCAGGUGCCUGGAGCUUCACGCAGCCGCGGAUCGAAACGUUACUGAACCAGACUGAGCACCACAACAGGAGGCACGUGAUGUACGCGGGCAGGAACCCGAGCGCAUCUGUGGCUACCGGUCUCAAGUCUGUACACCAGAAGGAGGAGAAGGACUUGCUGGAAAUGGCAUUCACCGUCAAGCAGGACAAGCUAAAGGGAGAGUAGGGUCAUUCUGUUUCAAGUAGCGUGUAGGAUACCAAGGUGGAGUAUAUAUGAGUUGGGGGUUCCUAAGAUUGUUUCUUAUGUCGCGAACGAGACUAUCUUGUUGUUUUAUAUGCCCUUUUGUCAGUGGUUCCUCUCUCCUGCAUGUUUGAAAUUGGGUGAUGGGAGGGGUGCCUUUUUUGUCUGUCUAGGGGCUGGGUGCAUGUGUAGGUUUGUAGCGCAUGUACUUUAGACGAAAAGUUUCCGUCAGUAUUAUCUUACCCAGUACAUGUCUGAUGCCAUUGGAG